AUGGCACACCAUCACGUAAGUGAUAUGACCCUCCAGGAGCUGGAUCACUUCAUCAAGGAAAAUAAAGAGUCUAUGCAGUUAUCACCAGCCGAUGUGAUCGCAUUGUAUUUACGCCGACAACGUCGUGCGUACCUCGCCGGAAGAGAGAGACCUCCGUUGAAGUCUGCAGAUAAUAAUAAUAAUAAUAAUAAUAAUAAUAAUAAUAAUAAUAAUAAUAAUAAUAAUAAUAAUAAUAAUAAUAGUAUUUUGGAUAAAUCUCGUAGAUCCAUCCGUCUACUUUUAUUAGGUGAGGAGACAGAAUCAAAGUUAGAGUUGGCUACACUUCUCUGUGGUGGUAAACACUCAAAAGAUGAUGCUGUAUCCCGAUUAGAACUGGGAUCUGCAGAUGAUAAAACUCCAAUCAAUGAGGCUAACAUACUCUCUCUGAAGAGUAAUAAUAGUAAUAAUAAACAAGAUAAUGAGAAGAAGUCUAAUGACGAUCUCUUUUUUUUUCCAUCCUUAGACGUACUUGUACCUGGUGUAGCUGAUGUAACGGCCUCUCUUCGUGGGGAAUUAUGUAUUGCGAGUGAUGUGAUGAUUCUCUGUUUUAACAUUACAGACCGCCGUACAUUUGAAUCUCUUCGUAAUCGCUGGUGGAAAGAAGAAGCCGUUCGGGCCUUUGAUGUUCUUAAACAAGAUCUUGCCGAUACCCAACCAAGAGGUAUUCUUUGGCCUAUUACGCCUAUUAUAGUGAUUGGACUCAUGGCGGAAGUACGACAGACGGCAACACCUUCACAAGUAUUAGUAUCGCAUAAAGAGGCUGUACAACUUGCACAGGAGAUGGGAGCUAGUAAAUAUAUGGAGAUCUUCUCAGGGAAUUUAAAUCAUACCCGUACAUUAGCUACACAGUGUAUGCAAUUAAUACACACACUAGAUCAUUCACUACCUAUUAAUGCGGCUCUUUUUCUAAUGACGGCUAAAUAUCACAUGUUGAGAUCUUAUUUACGUGUUCCUAAACCAGUGGCUGAACUUAACGUAACAGAGAUGCAGUUAAAUAUACAUGUAACACCCGGUGUUCGUUAUUUAAUGACUACAGAUGGAACAGAUCCACGUUGCCGCAGAAUAUCAUCAUCAUCUUCAUCUUCUUCUUCUCAUAUUGUAAUUCCUAAUAAUGGUAUUAUUGAUCUUCGCCAGUUACGUAAACGUCCAGGUACACUUAUUCGUAUUUGUGGUAUGGCCCGUUGUGCCUAUGCGAGUACAUUACUGGAAGUGGAAGUCCCCGCGACUGUUGAACCUCCAGAGGGUUAUUUUGAUAUUGUUAAGCGGCAGUUUGUGGUUGUGCCAAAUGAUAUUCCUUUCACAUUACGUGAUAUUCAUUACACAUUAGAUGGUAGUGAACCAACACUAGAGUCUCCUCUUUAUAUACAACCGAUUGAAUUAGAUCAUGUAGGAGGACCAUCUACAUUUACAUCAUUAGAAGUUAAUGAUUCUUCUUCUUCUUAUUCUUGUGGUAAUGGUCGUGCUUGGCAUCCAUGGCGUAGUAGUAUACCACCACCACGUGUUAUUCGUAUAGCCGCCUUUGCAGAAGAUGAGUUUGCGUCUCCCAUCAUCACAUAUGAAGUACCAAUCGUACUCAAUACUCCUAAAGUGGUGUAUUCUCCACAUGAUAGUACUAUUCGUUUAGAGUGUACAUAUCCAUUGGUGGAAUAUCACUAUACACUCGACGGUACAACACCAACGUAUAUGUCUCCACUCUACACUGGACCGUUAUGUAUUGCCAAAGCAAACACUCGACAAGUCCGUGUGGUGGCCUUUCCAAAACUGCGGUUCCCUAGCAGAGAAGAAGUAUUUUUUAUCCCAACAACAACAACAACAAUAAUGACAACAACAACAACAACAGUGUUGGGUACUGCUGAUACUGCUGGAGUAUCUACAACACGGCAUGAAGAUCCAUUAGGACGUUCAUUUCACACCACACGAUCCGCAAUGAUGCGGAGUCAACAUACAGCACAGAAACUGCGUAGUCUCAGCUCCAGUGCACGCGGCAGAAAGACGACUCCCACUGCCAUUCACCACUAUAAUUACAGUAGCCAUAAUAGUAGUGUCAAUACCAGUAUUAAUGAUAAGGAGAAUGAUCAUCCUACUAUAAAUUCAAAAUCGCCUAAUUUAUCAAAAUAUACAAUAAGUCCACGACUACAUACAGAGGCUCGUGCUGCCCGUUCUCGUUAUCAUCAUGUUAGUAGUAGCAACGACUCAAGAGAAAAUACAGAGAAUGUGAAAAAGAUUCCACAUCGUCCACGAAGCCAUAGUGGUGGUAUUCGAUCUAUUACUACUACGCCAAGAGUAAAAAGAGAGAUAUCGUCACGUCGGUCAGGUGGAACUUCUGUAGAGGAAACGGAUAAUAAUGGGGAUGAGGAUUUGUUUGGAGAGGACUCCUUACUAUGUGUAAUGUCUUCUGUAGAAAAAAAAAAGAAGAAUGAUCACAAUAAGAACAACAAGGGUAACACCAGUAAGAAAUUAAAUGGAAAAGAUGACAAUAAUACUGUAGAAAUCACCAAGAGAACGAUAAAAGGAAAAGAUUCCAAAAGUAAACCUACCGAUACCACAACAUCAUGUACGGCAGAUGAUAAUAGUGUAAUUUUUGAUUUUCCCAAACCUAUUAGUUUAUCGUACAUCACAGUGACUACACCGGGUGGUGGGGCUGGCCCCGUCUCUUAUGAAGUGGAGGUCAAACACGCCCACGGCACUGACUUUAUGACGGUGGGAAGUGGAGAACUGCGGGAUAUCGCGGGAGUGCAGACAAUGAGUGUACUUGUGAGUGCUCGUCUAUUCCCUGUAGACCGUGUGCGGUGUGUGUUUGCCGGUGCUGCUGGUGCUGCUGAUGAUAAUGAUAUUCCAGGUUUUCGCGUGAAGGAUUUAAAGGUACAUGGUAAACCAUUUACUGGAUGA